GAAGCAACCAUGAAGCUCCUUCUCCAGUACCUGGGCUGCCUUGUGGCUUUCUUCUCCGCUGGGUUCCUGAUCGCGGCAACCUGGACGGACUGCUGGAUGGUGAACACCGACGACUCCUUGGAGCUGAGCGCAACGUGCCGUGGCUUGUGGUGGGAAUGUGUCACCAACGCCUUUGAUGGGAUCACAACCUGCGAUGAAUACGACUCCAUCUUGGCUGAGCACCCAGUGAAACUGGUCCUCACCCGGGCCAUGCUGAUAAUGGCCGAUAUCUUGGCUGGUUUUGGCUUCACCUUCCUCCUCCUGGGCCUUGACUGUGUGAAAUUCCUCGUGGACGAACCAGGAAUCAAGGCCCGCAUCUGCUUCAUUUCUGGAUUGGUUCUCUUCACUGGAGGGGUUCCUGGGCUCAUUGGCUCUGUCUGGUACGCCAUUGGGGUCUAUGUGGAGCGCUCCACCCUGGUUUUGCACAACGUCUUUGUAGGCAUCCAGUACAAGUUCGGCUGGUCCUGUUGGCUGGGCCUCAGCGGGUCCCUUGGGUGCUUCUUGUCGGGGGCUUUCCUGACCUGCUACAUGUACCUCUUCAGAGAUGUGGGCUCCAGUAGGUACCUCUCCUCCAGCACCUUCCGGAAGGCCUACUCCGCUCCCACGAUGCCUGGCCUCUACCAUCCCUCCUCUCAGACGGCUACGGCCAAAAUGUACGCCAUGGACACUCGGGUAUGAGCCACCCUUGGCUUUCUAUGCCACAAUUAAUAGAGGUGGCAUCUCAUCACAAAAGAAUCUGGCUGGUUUCAAGAAGGACAUUUCAACCACUGCUUUGGUUGCAAAGUUUCUGCAGUAUCUGAUGGGAGAGAAGUGGAUUUAAUUUUGGAGGCAAUUCCUAAAAAUGUAGUUGAU